AGGCGGCAAGAUGGCCCCGGCGGCGGCGGCGUUGAUCCCGGAGUCGGCCUGUCAUCCGCGCUGGCCUUAGCGCGCGCGCGUAUGUACGUUACGUGCUCUUUACCCGGGACCCGCAGUCAUACGGUGAUUUCGCGCGUGACGCGACGCUUACCCGGACAGUCCGAUCGAGGAUCGCGAUGAGUGUCGAGAGUGCGAACCAAGGAAUCUGACGGAGAAAAAGAGAAAGAGCUAGGAAUUCUCUCCAUCUGGACACGUGGCGUGGCGGUCUCUUGCUUCGCAAAAAGGCUCCUUUUCACGGCCGAAGAUUGCUGCGCAACUGCCCCUCGGCAACGAUUGUGUCGAUUAAUCCGCAUCGCAGAGAGAGGCACCCAGGCGAUAAAGGGUGGCGAUCUUGGAAUUAAGGGCGACCGGAUAUAACGCCGCCACCAUGAUCGUGGACGAUAAACAGGAAAUGGAAGGCUUCUGGAUCAGCGGUGCGAUCCACGCGAUCAAGGCUCUAUCGUAUGUGUACGACUUGUUGACGUUCCCCGUAUAUCUCAUACUUCAGCGACCCUGGGAGAAGCGCAAGGCUUCUAGGAGAAUCAAGGCUCGUCCGAUAUCUAAGGAUGAUUGUCAGGUCACUUACAGAAGCGUCGAUCCCCCGGGGUCGAUGCACAUUAUGCUUGAACGUGAAAAGGUCGAUACUUUGGAAAAAGUACUUCUCUGGGUUGUUAAAAUGCACGGUGACAAGAGAUGUCUUGGUACCAGGCAAAUCUUAGCGGAGGAGGAUGAGCCUCAACCUAACGGUAGAAUCUUCAAGAAGUAUAAAAUGGGAGAGUACAAAUGGAAAUCUUUCAACGACGUCGAUAGGUUGGCCAUUUCCUUCGGUCGAGGUUUAGUGGAACUGGGUAUGAAGCCACGCAAAAAUGUCGUUAUUUUUGCUGAAACAAGAGCAGAGUGGAUGAUUGCCGCACAUGCAUGUUUCAAACAAAAUUUCACGGUGGUAACCAUUUACGCGACCUUGGGUGAUGAAGCCAUCGCUCAUGGUAUUAAUGAAACCGAGGUGGAUACUGUCAUUACUAGCCAUGAUCUUUUGCCCAAGUUUAAGCGGCUGCUAGAGAUGGUGCCAGAGGUCAAGACGAUUAUUUACAUGGAAGAUCAACUCAAAUCGACUGAUACCAAAGGCUACAAGGAAGGGGUGCGGCUGGUACCCUUCUCCGAUGUUGUCAAAAUGGGCAAUGAAUCAAAGGCGAGCAGUACUUCGCCAAAAAGUAGUGACACGGCCAUAAUUAUGUACACGUCUGGUUCGACUGGAGUACCGAAAGGCGUAAUUCUCUCUCAUAAAAAUAUCAUAAGCACCCUGAAAGCGUUCUCUGACGCGGUACAGAUUAGAUCGGACGAUGUUUUUCUCGGUUUCUUACCAUUGGCUCAUGUUUUUGAGCUUUUGGCUGAAAGCGUGUGUCUUUUGAACGGAGUACCCAUUGGUUAUAGCUCGCCGCUUACACUGAUCGAUUCAAGUAGCAAAAUUCAAAGAGGAUCAAAGGGUGAUGCCUCCGUCCUACAUCCAACUUGCUUAACCGCGGUACCGCUUAUUCUCGAUCGCAUCUCUAAAGGAAUAAACGAAAAAGUGAAGAAGUCUGGUCCGUUUAGGCAAGCCAUCUUCAAUUUUGCAUAUGAAUAUAAGCUGAAAUGGACAAAGCGGGGCUAUGAAACACCUCUCUUCGACAAGUAUAUUUUUGGAGCUGCGAAACAGGUGCUUGGUAGUCGCGUUAGGCUUGUUCUUAGCGGAGGCGCUCCUCUCAGUCCAGACACUCACAAUCAAGUGAAACUUUGUUUAUGUGUCACCGUAACUCAAGGAUAUGGUCUCACGGAAACGAGUUCUUGCGCAACUGUUAUGGAUAUGUAUGAUAGAACUACCGGAAGAGUUGGAGCACCAACUACGGUUUGUGACAUCCGUUUAGAGAAUUGGGAAGAAGCCGGUUAUCGAGUUACAGAUCAUCCACAUCCCAGAGGAGAAAUUGUAAUUGGUGGCGAUAUUGUUUCCGCGGGUUACUAUAAACUGCCGGAUAAAACGAAGGAAGAUUUCUUUCAAGAAGACGGCAGACAAUGGUUCCGAACGGGCGACAUUGGCGAAUUUCAUCCGGAUGGUUCUAUUAAGAUUAUCGACCGGAAAAAGGAUUUGGUUAAACUACAGCUCGGUGAAUACGUUUCCUUGGGUAAAGUAGAGUCCGAAUUGAAGACUUGUCCCGUCGUGGAAAACAUUUGUGUCUACGGAGAUGCGAAUAAAGCAUAUACUGUGGCGCUAGUCGUACCUAAUCAACAAUAUUUAGAAGAAAUAGCUACAAAUCAAGGUAUAACCGGAAAGAGUCUUGAGGAACUCUGUAACGAUCCACAAAUCGAGAAAGCGGUACUUCAAGAACUUGUGGAGCAAGCAAAGAAAUGCAAGCUUCAGAGAUUCGAAAUACCUGGUGCAGUCAAAUUAUGCGCGGAACAAUGGUCUCCUGACAUGGGUUUGGUAACCGCGGCAUUUAAACUCAAGAGGAAAGCGGUUCAGGAACGUUAUCAACAUGAAAUUAAUAGAAUGUACGCUUCGUGAUGUUCCGCCAUAGGGUGUACCAAAUGCUGCGUAUAAUUAUGGGGAUAAAUCUAAAAAAAAUCAUCUUGUCCACAGUAGACGGUACCUCGAUAAUCCUCAAAUAUAUAUAAGGUACGUCAUAAGCUCAUGUCACACCGAUUAUGCCGUAUGUGGCAGGCUUAUGGUAUUCGCAUGUGCAA